AUGGGUCAGAGCUCCGGCAGCACGGCGACUGCUGUCUUGGGCCGGCUGCGAGGGCAGGACGACGAUGACUGCUGCACUCCGGACAAACGCAAAAGCAAGCGUGAGCCACUCAGAAACACGCGAAUCGUCACCCGAUUCGAGGGCAGCGAAGGUGCCGACUCCGUCUUUGAGAUGGCUUUCGAUGUGGCGGAAGGAGCUACAGCUCACUCGCUGCUUCAGGAGCUGCAAGGCAAGCUUGCGGUGGAGCGCCCAGAGGCACCGCGAGUGAUCGGGCUGAGGGUGUUGCGCACAGCUCAGCAGGAGGCACAGGCGCUGAACCCCUCUGCGGUUGCCGCUGCCUGCGGGUCCCUGUGCGGCAAGGAAGCACUGCUGCAGGGAGAUGAGCUAAUUUUGGACUACGACAUUCCCCUCGAGGAGGCGCUGGGGGACGGUGAGUGCUUCGAGGCCGUGUUCGAGGUUCCGGGAGACUCAAUAACAUCUCGAUCAUCGCAGCACGCUGCUGCCAGCAAAGGCUUUGCAGACGGGGCGCGCAACGCCAUCCAGGACUUCGACAUUGUUCGUGUAGUUGGAGUCGGUGGAUCGGGGCGCGUACUGCAGGCACGGCACAAGCCGACGGGGAAGUUCCGAGCCGUAAAGGUCAUGAGCAAGGAGCGCUUGUUCCAGCAGGAGCAACGGCUUCAGCGGGUCAUCACAGAGAAGCGCAUUCUCGCGCGACUCCAGCAUCCGUUCGUCGUCUCUUUGCACUGGGCGUUUCAAACUACCACACACCUCUUCCUGGUUCUCGACUUCUGCGGAGGUGGAGAGCUAUUUUUCCACAUGCUGCAUCGGGGCCGAUUCGAAGAUGCCGACGGCAAGUUCUACUUUUGUGAGAUCUUGCUGGGAUUGGAGUACUUGCACUCCCAGCAGAUUUUAUACCGCGAUCUCAAGCCAGAGAAUUGCUUGCUGGACGAUGAGGGCCACAUACGGCUCACCGACUUUGGAUUGUCUAAGGACAACCUGACCAACUCCGCACUAUUCACAUCCUUUGUGGGAACCGCCGGCUACCUUAGCCCUGAGAUGGUUGCAAGGCAAGGCCAUGGCCUCCCUUUAGACUACUACUGCCUUGGUUGUUUGCUGUACUGCCUUCUGACCGGCUCCCUGCCGCAUUACGAGGGUGACUACAAGGUCAUGAUCCAAAAGCGGGUGAAGGGCGAGCCCGUCCAGUUUCCGCCUUGGGUAAGCCAAGAUGCGCAAACUCUCCUUACGGGCUUGCUGCAGCCAGAUCCAGCAGAUCGCAUUGGCACAAAGCUCGGUGCAUUGGAGGUCAAAGAACAAGCUUGGGUUGGCGAGGUGGACUGGAAUAAGGUCUACAGAAGAGUGCCGCAGGAUUGCUUUCCGAACUUUCCGCCGGUGAAACCACAGUCCGACUGCAAAGCGAACUUUGCCUCCGAGUUCACGGCACAGCCGGCCCCCGAGGACCUCAGAGACUUCGAUAAAGAGGCUCAUCCAGCGUUGGAGGUGCUCCACGUCGAGGGCUUCUCGCAGGACAUGUCCGUCCUGCAGAACUUUGUGGCGGUGAAUGGCGGCCACGGCCAAAGUUGCCGGGGCAAGCAUGCCUUCGACAAGGAGGCGGCUUACUACACGGCCAGCGCGGCCGGCUCACUCGAGGAAUGCAAAGCUGCGUGCGUGCAGCAUCCGGAAUGCCAAGGUAUCAGUUUCGCCAGCUCCGGCAGCUGCGAGGUUUGGACACGACCGGAAGGAAUCGAGGCCACUGCCGAAGACGACGACUCGGUGUGCCUCAAGGUACCCACAGAGACGACGACCUCCACAGCGCCGCCCACGGAGCCGACCACCAGUCGCUCCACGUGGAAAGACUGGGAGGUCUUCUGGGGCAUGAACUGUUGGAAGCACCAUGGAGCUGACGAGUUUGACAUCGACCCCCUCCGAGGGCAGUACACACUGCAAGAAUGCCAGGAAGCCUGCUUCCAGGAGCCUGAAUGCCAAGGGGUCGUGAUGCCACAGGGCGAUGAACACGUGUCCAAGAAGACGUGUUGGCUGCGGAAGAACGUGCACAAGGAGAAGUGCCGGCAAG